UUGUUUAGAUAUGUGCUUCGUGUCGAUUGUACGCAUAAAAGCGGCACACUAGAAAGAGGAGUGACGAGGUCACAAAGUCGGUCCAGUUCUCGAGGCGCCACACCAGAACAGGGUUCGAUCCGCUUCAGUCCGAGAACGGAUGGAUAUCCUGUCCUCAGUCGCAUUGUCCAACGAUUUUGUGCCAAUUCGAAAGAUGGUACAAUCAAUUGGAAUGCUGUUAGAAAUCAGUACAGGAAAGAGACCGGUCGCCAUCUAAAUACGGAGGAAUUGAAUGGAAUAUGUGGCACCAUUAAUAUGACUAAACAUGAUCUUCUGAGCACUCAUUUAUCGACGAUGGUAGAGAUACUGGAUAGCCGUGGACAAAUUGUUAAACUGGCUGCUUCAUUUAGUCCUGAGAGACUUAGUCCUGCCUUUUCACAUUCGCAUUCAUCUCCAGGAGGUGAGAAGCAGUUCCAAUCGAACUCCCCACUAGACAUCGAUAAGGACAAUGACAGACGUCAACAUAUUGUUGAGCAACUAAAAAGAAUUGGCGUCAUCGUGGAUGGAAACGGUAGAGCUGUCAUACUAGAAGAACAGCAGCCGCCGUCUAGUGAAAGACCGACAAACCCUGGUGCAGAUAGCAGUAAGGUCAACCCCGCUAUUUCUGGUGAUACGAUGAUGACGUCCGAAUCUGGGCACACUUCUUUCUAUUCUGUAAAUCAGGUUCUGGAAACAAGCGGUGAAGGUGGUUAUGCAACUGCAUGCGAUGCGAGCCCAGAAGGUGACGUUUCACUGAAUUUGUCUUUUGAUCGUUCUGGUUGGGAAAGUACGCCGAGGCGUAUGCACGAGAUCACAUUGUGUAAUUUUACCACAUCGGAACUGCAUCGUGAAUACGAGACUGAGAGCCAAAAGGGAGCGAAAACAUCCACUCCAAAGCAAAAACAUGACAAUGUUGACCAUCAGGACACUACGCCAGUUGUCGGCAAACAUUAUCGUAAACUCGACUUAGAUGUUCAUGAGUGCGAAGUGGAAAAUUGUGUUAAGGAAACAUCAGACUAUUCGAACAAGAAUGAGAAAUUUACUUUGACAGAACCCAUGUCUUUGGCUGACUAUAACAAGUCAGGUUACUGCUCUAAACCAGGCUCAAAUCACCCUUACAAGUCCGAUGAUGGUCAUAUCGUAAACAAAUCCGAAGGUUCUUUCCUAGCGGGUGAUGUUAUUGAAGAGAAUAGUGAUGGUCCGUCUAGAAAGUCUUGCGAUCAUUCGGAGAGCUGUCGCGAAGAGAUGGAUUCCGGUCAAGAACGAAGCACAGAUGUAGAGAACGCAACUGUAAAAGAGUUAUGUACAUUAUUUGAAGGAGCGAUCAAUAGGACGAAAGGACACCCUAAAGCUUUCGACUUAGUGUUGCCUGAGGAGAGAGUUGUCCUAUCAGUAGAACACUUGAAGGAGUUUGAACAUACGCAAAGAAUGGAAGGAGAUGUGGAUGCAAAGAAUUGUUUGAAAAACGACGACUUAAUAGAUAGUGCUCAUGACAUGUUACAAUCCGACUUUGAAAGAAAGCUUUGUAUUGAGAUGGAUCCGAUACCUGACGAUGUUCAUGUGGUUAACAGGUACCUGCGUGGACGUCAUCAUUCGUUGCCGGUUUUCCUAGAAUACACUCAGGUGUUGCACACCGGAAGAAGAGAGAAUACACCUGCCUCUGAGCCAUCUGACGAAAUUCUCAACAUUUCGGCAAAGUCACCCAUCGAGUCGGUGACCAUAACUGUUGAAGAAGACAAAACUGGUGAUACUGAGGUGAUCUACUACGUAAUCUUAAAUAUUAAAGGUAAAGAUUUAGACGAACUGUUCAAACUUUGGAUAAGCAAUUUCCGUUCGUCCGAUGAACAGUCGCUGUGUGGUGCCUCGACGCAACCCGGAUUUCUUUUCACUGAACUUUCUGAGAGAUUCUUUUGGAGGUUGACGAUCGUCAACCUUCGACAUGCCUUCUAUCUGGUCUCUCCAUAUGAAACCGCAGUGCCAACAUUGGAUCAGGUCCCUAACUAUAACGUUGAGGUGUCGACGUGGUGGAUUGUAUUCAUUGCUGUUGAGUUUCUAAUUCUUGCAAUAUCCGGCCACCAUGAGCGAUUUGCUCUUAACGAUUCGAUUACGUCGAUUUGCGCUGGAAUGCUCAGUCAGUGUUUCAAGUUUGGUGGGCGAACGGUGGCGAUUUUUCUCUACGUUUUCAUUUGGAAUAAUUUCCGAUUACUAGAGCUGCCUUGGGACUGUCCAUGGACAUGGAUUCUCUGUCUAUUCUUCCAGGAUCUCAUGUAUUAUUUCGGGCAUCGAGCUGUACAUGGUAUUUAUCCCUUAACUUUACAUGGUGCCAACGUUUUAAUUUUAGAAGCAGGAUUCUUUUGGGGUCUGCACACUAUUCAUCAUAGUUCUGAAUACUACAAUUUCUCCACAGCACUUCGUCAAGCUGCCAUUCAAGAUGCUGGUCUUGCAAUUUACGAUGUACUACAGGCGUUCUUCAUUCCACCGCCAAUCUUCCUCGUACAUCGUUACUUCAGCGAAAUCCUACAGUUUGUAAUGCAUACCAGUGUAAGUGCUACUGAAAAGCAGGCUGGACUCAAAUUCACUUCGAUCUAUUCGAUCUCCUUCUAUCACUCCUAA